AUGCCCAACCUCUCUAGGGAAGCUCUACGCAAAAUAGCUAGCAUCACCCCGGCCACGAAAGAGGCCUUGGAAAGGAUCAUAGAACGUAUGACGACCAUACCACCAUAUAGCCUCCAGUCUCCAAGUGGGACAGCUCAGUCUAACUACUAUCCUAGUGAAACGUGCAUCACGCAAGAGGUGGUUGCUGCUAUUGCCAAGGCGAUGGAACGAAGGUUAAUUGAGCCUGAGAACACACGUGUUCGCAAGACAAUCAGAGACGGGAAAGCCAUUUAUGAAGUUCUACAAGCCUCUGUUAAAACGGGCGUGUCCACCUCCUACGAGCUCGAUGCGGGGGCAAUCCUACAUUCAUCAUUUAACUACCAUGGGCAGUACUAG